GGGAGGCGCGGGCCGUCCGUCCCUCCCUCCCUCGCCGCGCGCCUCCUCCCCGUACCUGAGCCGGGAGCGCGGCGCGCCACCUCCCCGCCCUCCCGCCGGCGCUGCCGCCGCCGCCCUGGGAGUAAAGGUCGCGCGGGCCGGAGCGAGCGAGCGAGCGGGCGUCGGCGCCAGUGGGUCGGUCCACCCGAGAGAGGAGCGCGGAGGAACUGGGACCGGUCCGGGAGGAUUGCUCCAGCGGUGCCCCGAGAUCGCGGGGCGGGAGCGAGGAAGCCGGGCGGGCCCCAGCGCGCACCCGGAGCCAGCGUCCCGCCAGGCGCCCGGGGCUCCGGCCGGGCCGGCGGGGUCAUGUCGUACAGCGAGCUCUACAGCCGGUACACAAGGGUCUGGAUCCCUGACCCAGAUGAAGUGUGGCGCUCUGCCGAAUUAACCAAGGACUACAAAGAGGGAGAUAAGAGCCUGCAGCUCAGGCUGGAAGAUGACACAAUUCGAGAAUACCCAAUCGAUGUCCAAGCUAACCAGGUGCCAUUCUUGCGGAACCCGGAUAUCUUAGUAGGAGAAAAUGACCUCACUGCCCUCAGCCAUCUCCAUGAGCCCGCAGUUCUGCAUAACUUAAAGGUCCGUUUCCUGGAAUCCAACCACAUCUACACCUAUUGUGGUAUUGUGCUUGUUGCCAUUAAUCCAUAUGAGCAGCUGCCAAUCUAUGGACAGGAUGUCAUCUACGCCUACAGUGGCCAAAAUAUGGGUGACAUGGACCCCCACAUCUUUGCUGUGGCAGAAGAAGCCUACAAGCAGAUGGCCAGAGAUGAAAAGAACCAAUCCAUCAUAGUGAGCGGAGAGUCUGGAGCAGGAAAGACGGUGUCAGCCAAGUAUGCCAUGCGCUAUUUUGCCACAGUUGGUGGUUCAGCCAGUGAUACCAACAUUGAAGAGAAGGUUCUGGCAUCCAGUCCCAUCAUGGAGGCCAUUGGGAAUGCCAAGACCACUCGCAAUGACAACAGCAGCCGCUUUGGGAAGUACAUUGAGAUUGGCUUUGAUAAAAAGUAUCACAUCAUUGGGGCCAACAUGAGAACCUACUUGCUGGAGAAGUCCAGAGUGGUCUUUCAGGCAGAAGAUGAGAGGAAUUACCACAUCUUUUACCAGCUCUGUGCUGCUGCCAGCCUUCCUGAAUUUAAAGAGCUUGCUUUAACAUGUGCAGAGGACUUCUUCUACACAUCCCAUGGAGGGAGCACGGCUAUCGAGGGUGUCGAUGAUGCAGAAGAUUUUGAGAAGACUCGACAGGCCUUCACGCUGCUUGGAGUGCGGGAGUCUCAUCAAAUAAGCAUCUUUAAGAUAAUUGCCUCCAUCUUGCACCUUGGAAGUGUGGAGAUUCAGGCUGAGCGUGAUGGGGAUUCCUGCAGCAUACCCCCCGAGGAUGAGCACUUGAGCGACUUCUGCCGCCUGCUAGGAAUAGAACACAGUCAGAUGGAGCACUGGCUGUGCCAUCGCAAGCUGGUCACCACCUCAGAGACCUACGUCAAGACCAUGUCCCUGCAGCAGGUGGUGAACGCACGUGAUGCCCUGGCCAAGCACAUCUAUGCGCAGCUGUUCUCCUGGAUCGUGGACCACAUCAACAAGGCCCUGCACACCUCCCUCAAGCAGCACUCCUUCAUUGGGGUCCUGGACAUCUACGGCUUUGAGACCUUCGAGAUCAACAGCUUUGAGCAGUUUUGUAUCAACUAUGCCAAUGAAAAACUCCAGCAACAGUUCAAUUCGCAUGUGUUCAAGCUGGAGCAAGAAGAAUACAUGAAGGAGCAGAUCCCAUGGACCUUGAUUGACUUUUAUGAUAACCAACCUUGUAUAGACCUCAUAGAAGCAAAGCUGGGUAUCCUGGACCUAUUGGAUGAAGAGUGUAAGGUCCCCAAAGGAACUGAUCAGAACUGGGCCCAGAAGCUCUACGAGCGACACUCCAGCUGCCAGCACUUCCAGAAGCCACGCAUGUCCAACACAUCCUUCAUUGUCAUCCACUUUGCAGAUAAGGUGGAGUACCUUUCGGAUGGUUUUCUGGAGAAAAAUAGGGAUACAGUGUAUGAAGAACAGAUCAACAUCCUGAAGGCCAGCAAGUUCCCACUAGUGGCUGACUUGUUCCAUGAUGACAAGGACUCUGUUCCUGCCACCAAUACAGCUAAGAGUCGAUCAUCUUCAAAGAUCCACGUUCGCUCUUCCAGACCCCUCAUGAAGGUGGCCAACAAGGAGCACAAGAAAUCCGUGGGUUACCAGUUCCGCACUUCCCUAAACCUGCUUAUGGAGACCUUGAAUGCCACAACGCCACACUAUGUGCGAUGCAUCAAGCCAAAUGAUGAAAAGCUUCCCUUCCACUUCGACCCGAAGAGAGCUGUGCAGCAACUCAGAGCCUGCGGAGUAUUGGAGACCAUUCGGAUCAGCGCCGCCGGCUACCCAUCCAGAUGGACCUACCAUGACUUCUUCAACCGGUAUCGGGUGCUGAUGAAGAAGAGAGAGCUUGCCAACACUGACAAGAAGAGUAUCUGCAAGUCCGUCCUGGAGAGCCUCAUCAAGGAUCCAGACAAGUUCCAGUUUGGCCGCACCAAGAUCUUCUUCCGGGCAGGCCAGGUGGCCUACCUGGAGAAGCUUCGGGCAGACAAGUUCCGGGAAGCUACUAUCAUGAUCCAGAAGACAGUCAGGGGCUGGCUGCAGAAAGUGAAGUACCGUAGGCUGAAGACGGCGACCUUAACCCUGCAGAGGUUCCACAGAGGAUACCUAGCCCGCAGGCUGGCGGAGCACCUGCGGAGAACCCGUGCAGCCAUAGUGUUCCAGAAGCAGUACCGCAUGCAGAGAGCCCGCCUGGCCUACCGCAGGGUCUGCAGUGCUGCAGUCAUCAUCCAGUCCUUCACGCGGGCCAUGUUUGUGCGUAGAAACUACCGCCAGGUCCUCAGGGAGCACAAAGCCGCCAUCAUCCAGAAGUAUGCCCGGGGCUGGAUGGCACGAAGACAUUUCCAGCGGCAGCGGGAUGCAGCCAUUGUCAUCCAGUGUGCCUUCCGGAGGCUCAAGGCCAAACAGGAGCUGAAGGCCCUCAAGAUCGAGGCCCGCUCUGCCGAGCACUUGAAACGCCUCAACGUGGGCAUGGAGAACAAAGUCGUGCAGCUACAGCGGAAGAUUGAUGACCAGAACAAAGAGUUCAAGACUCUGUCAGAGCAGUUGUCUGCAGUCACCUCCACACAUGCCAUGGAGGUGGAGAAGCUAAAGAAGGAGCUGGCACAUUACCAGCAGAACCAGGAGGCUGAUACCAGCAUGCAGCUGCAGGAGGAGGUACAGAGCCUGCGCUGUGAGCUACAGAAGGCUCAGUCAGAGCGCAGGGUCCUAGAGGAUGCGCACAAGGAGAAUGGCGAGCUGAGAAAGCGAGUUGCAGACCUGGAACAUGAAAAUGCCCUCUUGAAGGAUGAGAAAGAACACCUUAACAACCAAAUCCUGCGCCAGUUGAAAGCUGAAUCUUCACAGAGCUCUGUGGAAGAGAACCUCCAGAUGAAGAAGGAGCUGGAGGAAGAACGGUCCAGGUACCAGAACCUCGUGAAAGAAUACUCCCAGCUGGAGCAGAGAUAUGAGAACCUGCGGGACGAGGUGACCAUCCUAAAGCAAACUCCGGGCCACAGGAAGAACCCAUCAAAUCAAAGCAGCUUAGAAUCUGACUCCAACUACCCUUCCAUUUCCACUUCAGAGAUCGGAGACACUGAGGAUGCCCUUCAGCAGGUAGAGGAUAUUGGUGUAGAGAAGGCAGCCAUGGACAUGACCGUCUUCCUGAAGCUGCAGAAGAGAGUGCGGGAACUUGAGCAGGAGAGGAAGAAGCUGCAGGUACAGCUAGAAAAGGAGCACCAGGACAGCAAGAAAGGGCAGGGUGUUGGCAGUUCACCUCAUGAUCAAUGGGGACGACUCUCUGUGGCACUGGUGGAACAACAAAACAAUGGCAUAGAUGUGGACCAGGAUGCAGAUCUAGCCUACAACAGUCUGAAGAGACAAGAGCUUGAGUCAGAGAACAAGAAGCUGAAGAAUGACCUGAAUGAGCUGAGGAAAGCUGUAGCCGACCAAGCCAUGCAGGAUAACUCUACCCACAGCUCCCCAGACAGUUACAGCCUCCUCCUGAACCAGCUCAAGCUGGCCAAUGAGGAGCUUGAAGUCCGCAAAGAGGAGGUGCUCAUCCUCAGGACCCAGAUUGUGAACGCUGACCAGCGCCGGCUGGCCGGCAAGGCCACGGAGCCAAACAUCAAUGCCAGGACAAGUUGGCCCAACAGUGAAAAGCACGUGGACCAAGAAGAUGCCAUUGAGGCCUAUCAUGGGGUCUGCCAGACCAACAGCCAGACUGAGGAUUGGGGACAUUUGAAUGAAGAUGGAGAACUCGGCUUGGCUUACCAAGGCCUAAAACAAGUUGCCAGGUUGCUGGAGGCACAGCUGCAGGCCCAGAGCCUGGAACACGAGGAGGAGGUGGAGCGCCUCAAGGCCCAGGUGGAGGCCCUGAAGGAGGAGAUGGACAAACAGCAGCAGACCUUCUGCCAGACCCUGCUGCUCUCCCCAGAGGCCCAGGUGGAAUUUGGAGUCCAGCAGGAGAUAUCUCGGCUGACCAAUGAGAACCUGGAUUUCAAGGAAUUGGUAGAAAAGCUGGAAAAGAAUGAGAGGAAGCUGAAGAAGCAGCUGAAGAUUUACAUGAAGAAGGUCCAGGACUUAGAAGCUGCCCAGGCACUGGCACAGAGCGACCGGAGGCACCAUGAACUCACAAGACAGGUCACAGUCCAGCGAAAAGAGAAGGACUUCCAGGGCAUGCUUGAGUACCACAAAGAGGACGAAGCCAUCCUCAUCCGGAACCUGGUGACAGACCUGAAGCCUCAGACGCUGUCCGGUACCGUGCCCUGCCUGCCUGCAUACAUACUCUACAUGUGCAUCAGGCACGCGGAUUACACCAACGAUGACCUCAAGGUGCACUCGCUGCUGAGCUCCACCAUCAACGGCAUUAAGAAGGUCCUCAAGAAGCACAAUGAUGACUUUGAGAUGACAUCAUUCUGGUUAUCCAACACCUGCCGCUUCCUUCACUGUUUGAAGCAGUACAGUGGGGAUGAGGGUUUCAUGACGCAGAACACUGCGAAGCAGAACGAGCACUGUCUCAAGAACUUUGACCUCACUGAAUACCGCCAGGUGCUGAGCGACCUUUCCAUUCAGAUCUAUCAGCAGCUCAUCAAAAUUGCAGAGGGCUUGUUACAACCUAUGAUAGUGUCUGCCAUGUUGGAAAAUGAGAGUAUCCAGGGGCUGUCUGGCGUGAGGCCAACUGGCUACCGGAAGCGCUCCUCCAGCAUGGUGGACGGAGAGAACUCAUACUGCCUGGAGGCCAUCAUCCGCCAGAUGAACUCUUUCCAUACUGUCAUGUGCGACCAGGGCUUGGACCCCGAGAUUAUCCUGCAGGUGUUCAAACAGCUCUUCUACAUGAUCAACGCUGUGACUCUCAACAACCUGCUCCUGAGGAAAGAUGCCUGCUCUUGGAGCACAGGCAUGCAGCUCAGGUACAACAUAAGUCAGCUUGAAGAGUGGCUUCGGGGAAAAAACCUUCACCAGAGCGGAGCAGUUCAGACCAUGGAACCUUUGAUCCAGGCAGCCCAGCUUCUCCAGCUGAAGAAGAAGAGCCAUGAGGAUGCCGAGGCCAUCUGCUCUCUGUGCACCUCCCUCAGCACCCAGCAGAUUGUCAAAAUUUUAAACCUUUACACUCCCUUGAAUGAGUUUGAAGAACGGGUGACAGUGUCCUUUAUACGGACAAUCCAGGCCCAGCUGCAGGAGAGGAAUGAUCCCCAGCAGCUCCUGCUAGACUCCAAACACAUGUUUCCUGUCCUGUUUCCAUUCAAUCCAUCUUCUCUGACCAUGGACUCAAUUCAUAUCCCGGCAUGUCUCAACCUGGAGUUUCUCAACCAAGUCUGAGGAUGCAUGUUUCCAAGCAAGCAAGAGGGAAGCACAUGCUGUCAGCCGAGAGAAUUCUAGAUCUGUUGAAGGUGCCCACUGUAGAUCAGACCACAGUUAGAGAGCCUGUGGAGAGAACCAAACUAAACCAAGCAAUGCACAUUUGUCAUUAGUUUUUGUACAUGCUGCUCAGAAAACACUUGAAAUGUAGAAGAUUGUUAAAGCUUUGGUUUCAGGUUAAACAAAGACACGUCCUACUGAAUAGCCACUUCGUAGCUCCAGACGCCAUAUAAAAAUGCCAGUUCUACAGAGUGGAAGUGCCUAGCUUUGGUCUUUGUAUAUAACUGGAGAAUGUCCAAACUAAGACAAUAUUAAAAAUACAUGAUAUAAA